AUGGCCUCUCCCACCACUGCCACUGGCACUUCUCCCUCUUCGAACUCCAAGCCUAUUCUCCCUCGAUUUACUAUUCCCUGUGGUGACCACUUUCAUUCACGCGACUCUUCGCCUUCCUCGUGUGACACCCCGGACGGUUCGAGAUCCAGCAGUCGCCGCCGCCCAUCCUUUGGCUCCAUCAAAGAGGACGCCGACGACGAUAUUGCGCAAUCUUUCGUGGACACUCACCACGCUCCUUCCCCCAAGGAGCCCUGCAAGCCCGCGCAUCGGGAGAUGCAGCCGAGCCCUGACUUCUGUUGUCCCUGUGGUGGAUUUCUAGGAUGGAAGCAAAUCCGCCUAGGUGGAAAGAGCCUGAGUCGUAGUUAUGGAGACCUGCGCAAUAUCGGCAAUAUGCAGGCGAAGGGUUGGGCAUGGGAAGAUACCGAAACGGGAAGGGAGCUAAUGCCUCCUCAGGCCCCCGCUGUGGUCGAACUAUCCCAGCCGCCUCCUGGUACAUCGGCUCUCGAGAAGCUGCCCCCUGAGGUUCUUGAUCAAAUUAUUUCGAACUUGGCCCUGGAUUUGCCUCCCAAUGGCUACACUCCCCGCAAUGUUGACCUGAUCUCAUGCCUUUUGACCUCACACACCCUGCAUGCAGCAACCCUGGGCGUCCUCUACCGCAACAUGACCUUCCCGCACUCGAUCAUCUUUUCCAAGGCCCUUAACCACAUGUCGCAGUACCCGGCACUGGGAACUUUGGUGCGCCGUCUCGAUUUCUCACACUUUACUUCUGUUGGAUUGGGUCGUACUAAGCAGAUGAACGCGGAGAUUCAAAACUUGACCUCGCGCACGCUUUUGAAGUGCUUGGACCUUUUGCCCAACUUGAAGGAAUGUUUGCUGCAGGAACAUCUAGAGGGUGAUCUUAGUGUGGAAGUUAUACGGAAGUUGUUUAUGGGCUUGCCGAACUUGCGUGCUGUGGAUUUCUGUGGUUGCUCUACUCAGGCCUUUUCUCAAGUCUUCACCGAGGCUCUGUCCGCAGGCCCCCCCUUUGCCCAUGAUACCAUUCCCGCACCCAUGUUCGAUCAAUUGCUCUCACGACUGAUCAACCUGACGCACCUCGAUUUGACCCACACCCAGGUCAAUGACUCCGCCCUUGCGGCUAUCCCGGAGACUGCUCGCAUCAGCCACCUGGGCCUGUCCCGGUGCACACGUCUGCGUAGCUCCGCCUUGAUCGAAUUCCUGACCACUCAUCCUGCCGUUUGCGAUUCUCUUGUGUACUUGAACCUCUUGAAUGACCCAACGCGAUUCCGUCUGCUUGAGGAGGAGGAUGUUUCAGCAUUGCUGCCCAAGCUCCCUUCGACUCUUCGAUCUAUGAACCUGGGUGGCGCCAAGGUUACUUCUGAGCACGUGUCCCUCUUGAUCCCUCUGACCAAGCACCUGCAUGAAUUGGGCCUCAGCUCGGCCGAACUUUCUGUCAAAGACGUGAAUUCAUUCUUUGCCAAGGAUGAAAACGCAGCCCCCAGCACUCUGUGCUAUCUUGACCUUGCCAAGGUGCCGCAGAUGACCAUCGGUGCUAUCUUCAACACGAGCUCAUGCCUUCUGCUGUCCGAGCAGAGCUAUCCCCUGCAGGUGAUCGAGUUCAGUGAUAAGAUUAUCACACCGCUCCGUGAGCGCGCCAAGACCCAGCGUGUGUCUGUGGGAUGGACUGUUCGUGAUCUAGGCCGCCGCGGUUGGUAUGUUCGCGAUCCCGCAUCGCUGCCAAAUGAGCCUUUGGACGACGGCUACCGCUACUGGAAGAUGGGAGCGCGCUGGUGGGGCAUGCGCAAGAUCCCCAUGGCCGUCGGCGAUGUUGGCGGCAUCUAUGGACACUAUAUGUUCAAGAAAUGA